CAGGAUCGAAUCAGACCAGAUCAGAAGCUGCAGGCGCCAAACUUUUAACGUGUAAAAAAGUAAGUAAACUCGACGCCUAGUAGUUUGCACCCCGUUGCUUCAUCUCCAUCCGCCUCAUAAAGUCCAAUUAUUACACCCUCAAUUCUCUACAAACGCCAUCGCCUUCUCUUUCCUGUCGUUCGAUCCAACCUCAGACAAUGGCCAAGAGGAGAACCAAGAAGCGCACCCAUGUCGGCGCAAGCAACCCCGAGUCCAACGCUGUAAGUCUCGGCCAUGCCAGCACCAAAGACCCCAAGAGCAUGGUCAUUCGCAUGGGCGCAGGUGAGGUCGGUUCCAGUAUCAGUCAAUUGGCCAAAGAUGUCCGUCUGGUCAUGGAGCCUGGAACUGCCAGUCGGUUGAAGGAGCGUCGCGCAAACCGACUACGAGACUAUGUCACCAUGGCCGGCCCCCUUGGUGUCACACAUCUCAUGCUCUUCUCCAGAUCAGAGUCUGGCAACACCAACCUGCGCGUCGCCGUCGCUCCGAGAGGCCCGACCCUCCAUUUCCGCGUCGACAAGUACUCCCUGUGCAAAGACGUGAGGAGGGCGCAGCGCCACCCCCGAGGAGGCGGCAACGAAUACCUCACCCCCCCUCUGCUCGUCAUGAACAACUUCAUCACCCCAGACAACGACUCCUCCUCCAAUGUACCCAAGCACCUCGAGUCUCUCACCACCACCGUCUUCCGCUCCCUCUUCCCUCCAAUCAACCCUCAACAGACGCCCAUCAAGUCCAUUCGUAGGGUUCUGCUGCUUAACCGAGAGCCCAAGGAGGACGGCAGCUUCGUCCUCAACUUCCGACACUACGCCAUCACGACCAAGGCUGCUGGCCUGUCCAAGCCCUUGAGGAGGCUCAAUGCUGCCGAGAAGCUGCUCAACGCCAAGAAGACAAGAAAGGGUGGUGUCCCCAACCUGGGCAAGCUGGAAGAUAUCGCCGACUAUAUGAUUGGUGGCGAGGAUGGUAACGGCUACAUGACCGAUGGCACGAGCGAUGACAGCGAGAUGGAGGAAGACAACCAAGUCGAGGUUCUCGACACGGCUACACGAAAGGUCCUCUCACAGAAGGCACGUGCCGCAGCCUUGGAGAACGGCCACGAGGACGGACAAGGCCACGAGAGCAAUGUCAGAAGGCGAGCUGUCAAGCUGGUCGAGUUGGGUCCGCGCAUGAAGCUGCGCAUGACCAAGGUUGAAGAGGGCAUCUGUAGUGGAAGAGUCAUGUGGCACGAACAUAUCCACAAGUCCAAGCAAGAGAUCCAGGAGCUGGAGAAGCGUUGGGAACAAAAGUCUAGAGAGAAGGAGGCACGCCGGAAACAGCAAAAGGAGAACGUGGAUCGUAAGAAGAAGGAGAAGCCUGCCAAAGGCAGCAGCAAGGCAGAAGGCGAGGAGGAGGAUGAUGAGGACGAGAAGAUGGACUACGACGGCUACAACAGUGAUCUUUUUGACGACAUGAUGGAGGAAGACGAGGUCGAUAGCGAAGGAUUGGCUGGAGAUGCAGAGGAGGCUAAUGCUGCGCGCAAGGAAAUGGAAGAACAUGACUGGGAAGAUGACGAGUAGUCUCGGGCCAACCUGCAUUGGAAGAUGGGGGGAUGCUGGCUCUCUGCAUUACAUUUGGCGUUUGGCGUUUAGUUGACCGUGGGCAAUGUAGGUUUCUUCAUGAAUCUACCACCAAGUUCUCAGUACCCUUUCCUGGGUGCGGAUUAUGAUACCCUGUCAAUGAUACUCUGUCGAUACAUACAACACAUAUCAAACU